AUGGCGGCAAGAACAGUGAAGAGACGCCACGUGUCCAGUAGGUUAAGCUGCAAGCUGUUCAUCGUCUUCACCGUUUCAAUCUUCUGCGUCGUCGUUUUAGUCACCGCAGUUCGCCGCAAUGUUCCUCUUGAUUUUCUUUGGGGUGCCUUCUUUCAGAAUGGUGACGUUUCCAAUUUCUCCAUUUAUGUUCAUUCAACGCCAGGGUUUGUGUUGGAUGAGUCUACCACAAGGUCUCACUUUUUCUACGGUCGACAACUCACCAAUAGCAUUCAGGUUUUAUGGGGAGAAUCGAGUAUGAUUCAGGCUGAAAGGCUGUUAUUGUCGGCGGCUUUGGAAGACCCUGCAAAUCAAAGAUUUGUUCUUCUCUCGGAUAGCUGUGUUCCUCUGUACAACUUUUCCUAUGUGUACAAUUAUAUCAUGGUUUCUCCAAGGAGUUUUGUGGACAGCUUUCUAGAUGCAAAAGAGGGGCGCUAUAACCCAAGAAUGUCACCUAAGAUACCAAGGGAAAAAUGGCGUAAAGGGUCCCAGUGGGUCACCUUAGUUCGUAACCAUGCAGAAGUCAUUGUUGAUGAUGAAGUUAUCUUCUCUGUCUUUAAAAGAUACUGUAAGAGACGUCCACCAAUUGAUAUCAGAAAGGGAAAGCUGAAUCUUAAACUUCAGAAGCAGCACAACUGUAUUCCAGAUGAGCACUAUGUGCAGACAUUGCUUGCACUGCACGGCCUUGAAGGUGAACUUGAACGCAGAACAGUGACCUAUACUUUGUGGAACCAGUCGGCAACAAAAACAGAUAAUAAAGGCUGGCAUCCUAUUACCUUCAGCUAUGCAAAUGCUGGUCCUCGAAAGAUAAAGGAAAUAAAGGACAUCAGCCAUGUUUAUUAUGAGACUGAGUACCGGACAGAAUGGUGUCACAGCAAUUCAACCUCUGUUCCAUGUUUUUUGUUUGCUAGGAAAUUCUCCCGGGGAGCAGCUAUGCGCCUGUUGAGUGACGGAGUUAUUGACCAUUUUGAACUUUCCGCAUUACUAGGCAAUGAAUGA